GUGCAGAACAACAUGGCUUUUAGAUAUCUAACUUCAUUCUGAGAUAGUUAUGUGAUAUCUCCACAGAAAAGGAAGGAUUGUCAGGCAGUAGGGUUUACUUUCAUGAAUACGGUCAGGACUAUUCCAAUUAUUAGUUUCUGUGUUAUGGAUUAUAUCUACACUCUUCAUGGGGUGGAGUACGGGACGAAGAAGUAUUUUCAAUUCAAUCUGAACUUAAUACUCGCGUAGCCAAUAGGCUUUUGAGAUUAUUUGUCAAGAAUAGAGGCAUUUAUAUAAAGGCAGGCCAAUAUAUUGGUUCACUUGAGUCAAUCGCUCCAAAGGAAUACGUACAAGUUUUCAAAGUUUUACAAGAUGAAGGCCCCAGUAUUAGCUAUGACGAUAUUAAAAUUGUUAUUGAGCAUGAUUUUGGCAAGAAGAUAGAUCAAAUUUUCACAACUUUUGACCAGCAGCCCAUAGCUGCUGCCUCUCUUGCCCAAGUCCAUAAGGCUGUGUUGAAAGAAAAUGGAGAAACCGUGGCGGUUAAGGUUCAGUUCCCAACACUUAAGUUACAGACUUAUUAUGACAUGAAAGUUGCCUCUUUUUGGGUAAGAACAAUUGAUAAAGUAGCGAAAUUUCUCGAAUUUAAAGGAGUAAAUCUCGAAAAAUUGUAUAACGAUUUCCAGGAAUCUCGAAUUACUGAGCUUGAUUUUGACCUUGAACUGGAGAAUGGGCUUAAAACCACUCGUAAUUUUCAUGAUGAUGAUCGAGUUUACAUCCCAAAAUUCUAUACAAAGUAUUGUGGACCGAGGACAGUUACAAUGGAGUUCAUUGAUAAUGCAUUCAGGAUUGAUGAUGUUGAGAAUAUUAAGAAGAAGUAUAAAGAGAAAACUACUCCCUAUGUCAGCCAAGCCUUGAUUGAUAUCUUUGCAAAGCAGAUCUUUCUCUACGGACUUGUGCAUUCUGAUGGCCAUCCAGGGAACAUUUUGGUUAGGGAUCAUCCCUCUGACAACUCACGACCUCAGAUUGUGCUUCUUGACCAUGGCCAUUAUUGUGAAGUUGGCAAAGAAUUUAGACUAAAGUUUUGUCGUCUUUGGUACCAUUUGUGCACUUUCAACUAUGCUAAGGUAAAGGAAAUUGCCAAAGAAUUUGGAAUAGACACUCAUUACAAAUACCUUCCCUUAAUUUUCACUUAUCGAACAAUGAACAGCCACAAAUGCCUCGGUGAGAAGAUGACCAGCGAAGAAAUUGAGAUGCUACGCAGAAACGAUGACUUAAAUCUUGAAAAUAUCGGAUUCUUGGUCCAGAAAUUGCCUUGGGAUAUUAUACUAAUUUUUAAAGCCACGCAUUUGAUCACAGUGCAUAUCUCAAAAUUUGACUCAACAGAUCGAACAAAGUUGUUGAGAUUCACAGAUUAUUGCAUGGAAGGGCUGACUAAUUCAACCAAUUCAGUUGCUUUCUGGAUGCUCAAAUUGUCUCUCUACCUCAAGAUCUUGAUGUUUGAGUACUGAUAUCCUCUUUAUAAAGCAAUUUAUGGCCAUGCUGCCCAUCAUCAGGAGUAA